AUGUCGGGGAUGGCAAUGAAGGCUGGUUUGAGACCAGGCGAUUUCCUCUUGCAAAUAAACGGAAUAGACGUGCGAUCGGCAUCGCACGAUCAAGUUGUAAGACUGAUACAUGCUGCAGACGAUACGAUCACCCUUAAGGUGAUCACAAUUGAUCCGAGCAGCCUGGCCGUACCUCGGCUCACAGCCGGUACUCUACCGACCCGACGCAAUAGAUCAAUGUCACGAUUACCUCCAGCUCCACCAGUGCGUAAUCCGAGCACGAGUCUAUCGUGUGCUCAGGGAGCGAUAUUCUUGAAUCAAGCACGAGAAUACAAUCGUAUGAACAACCUCUAUUCAAGUUGUGCAAACGGUACGGACUACUCAGCAGAACAACGUAUUUAUGGUCAAACGAACGCAAUUUUUGCACCACGAUCGGGUAAUUAUUCGCACUUAAUGCCAACCAAAUCAGUAGAAUCACUUCCUGCGGCGGUCCUGUACGCCCCAUCAAGCCAUAUGAAUCUAGCGAGUGAAGAUUCUGUAAGAUGCGCGUCGGUUCGGCAACGACCCUCCUCCGCAUCACGGAGGAUUUCUGCAGCCGAAUUGGAGCAUCUGAUGGUGCGACAGUUUCAAGGAAGCUCUCAAUUCCAACCGGUUCAUCCCACAUAUGAUCAGGAUUCAUUAAGCAGCGGCUCCGGGAUGAAGUUCACGUCGGUGGCCGACAUGAAGCGUCGAAAACAGCGACAAGCGCCGUCUCCGCAGAUGGCGAACAACGGGAUUGCAAGUCGCCCCAAACUCCCAGGCCUUCCGCGCACACCCCUCGCUCCGCAAGCACCCACGCAACACUAUGCUCCUUCGCUGAAAAGCUUUAGCUCGUCACCUGAUCUACAAGCGCGUCCAGGUGAUUCCUCAAUAGAACCGUUACAUCGUGACAACUACCAACAUUCAAAUGAAAACGAACAGCCCAACGGCAUACAACGUCCCCAACAAUCCAUUUCAACGACUUCAUUUUCGGAUAUGAACGCUGCCACAAACGCGAAUCGUUUCAACACCUCACCUCGGUACCAUCGAUAUUCUGUGGAUUCGCCGACUUCCUACGACCCACACGGAGCAUAUUCACGGCCAUACCGGUCCUCCACUGCCAGUGGGACUGUGGAUUCUCCGAAUCGCCCCAAAAGCUCUCCGCCAUCGCCGCCAGUCUCCCAAAGACCGGCGGAGUCAUCUUCUUGCUCUAAAAUGAUCUCGAAUUAUAGUAUGAACGGUGGUGUCAAUGCCGACAAUAAUAAUAGUUAUGAAGAUGGGAAUAUGGACCAUUGCGCUUACAACGCAGGCUCGAGUUACGCCAGAAGCGAACAAGGAUAUUACGGCAAUCCAGAUUUGAACACAAAUUCAGCUGCUUACAAUCCGAUCGGAGACCAACGGUCUGCGUCCGUUGCUGGACCGUCAUCAUGUGAAGGUGGACCGGGCUCACCUUCAGCCUCCUCAUCGGGCUAUCGAUAUUCUGAGGUAGAAGCCUCGACGAUUAAGAGCGUUUCGUCGGAUCCAAGGACGGCUCGAAUUCCGUCGUCGUCUACGGAUUCUACGACAGCGUGUUCGUCUUCGACCUCUUCAACGACCUCAACGAUCGUUUUAAGGCAAAAUCCCACGUCGGCGCCGGGCAACAACCGCUGCCCGCCACCACCGCCUAAGCAUUCAACGGGUGCCCCUGCGCCCCCUCCACCACCACCUCCGCCACCUCCUCCUCCAGUGGAGAUGCUUCGAAGUUGUCGCCCUUCGCCCGGUGGUAAGAAUCCUUCAGCGCAGUCGUUGACUGCUGCAAGCAUUUCGAGCACUGCCUCUUCGGGCAACCGUUCGACGGCGAACUCGAACCCGUACGGAGCCCAGCAACAACCCCAACCGCAGUCUGGACUCAGUGGUAUCAGUGCCGAACUUCUGUCCGGGGUGAGGCUGAAACCGACGAAUACCGGCGGUGGUCUAAAACGAGACCCGGAAAGUCCAGUCGGAGCGUCAGCCUCAGAUAGUGCCGUUUCAGUGCCAAUGGAUUUCGAUGCGGACUUGCGAAAUGCAUUAGCGAGACGUCGUAAUAAAGUAUCUCGAGAUGAGCAGCAAGGUGGCGAACACGCCAAAAAUGUUGUGUUCUCGUUGGAGAAUCAGCCACCGGUAACAUCAGUGAGCAGCUACGGUGGUCUAAGUCUGAAGGAAUCUGUACGAGAGAACGUUGGCGCGAAUCCAUCCGGAAAGAACAAUCCAAAAUCGCAACAACAACAUUCUCCGCCUGGUUUUGCGACGAAAAAAGACAGCGGGUACACAUCGUCGCGUACCUCGUUAGAGCCGUCGGAAUGUGGCGAAGAAUCGAAUUCAACAGGUGGCUCCGGUCACCGAUCUACCCUAGAUUCGACUUCAUCAUCGUCAGCGAGCAGCAACGGUUCCAACGCUGAAUUUCAACGACCCGCAGCGUUGAACCUCCACUCGUCGGGCUCAAAACCUAGUAACAGCAGUACCACU